GGUACCAUGUACUAGUUUUAAGGCACUGCUGUUUUUUUAGCUACUGUUUCUGAUAUCUUCAACCAAAAUUUCCCCCCUUCAAUUGGCAGACAACUCUGCUUAAAUUCAACCCUACAGUGCCCCCAUUUCCUUCCUUUGUUCUUGUUUUCUUUGGUCUUUUCCUCCUGGUUUCGCAGUAUAAGCCGCCAUCACUUUUUUUUUUUUUUUUUUUUUUUUUUUUUUUUUUGGAGUGUUGUUUGCUACUGAUCUAUUGCGAUUGAAACCAAAACGUGGCGGGGCCGGAGAAAAGAGGAGCCCUUCUCAUUGUUCCCGAGUGAAAGGUCCUAUUUAUAGGCGAGGCGAGACGACGGCAGCUGGUAGGUUCUUCCCUCUAUAGAAGAUAGAGAGAACUGUUCACAGAGUUGUGGAGUGCGUUUGAAUGGCAAUCUAAAGAGGUUGAGAGGACAUGAACAUGUACCAGGUUCCCAGCCCGGGAAUACCAGGCUGUCCACCUGGACUGGAAUACCUGACUCAGGUGGACCAGCUACUUAUCAAACAGAAGGUUGAGCUUGUUGAAGCUCUCGUCGGAUUCGAGAGUAACAACAAAUAUGAGGUGCGUAACUCCAUGGGCCAGAACGUGUUUUACGCCGUUGAGGAGAACGACUGCCUGAGUCGCCAGUGCUGCGGUCCCAUGCGCCCCUUCUCCAUCCACAUUCUGGACAACUUUGGACAGGAGAUCAUCACUGUCACCCGCCCGCUCAAGUGCAUGUCCUGCUUCUUCCCGUGCUGUCUACAGGAGUUGGAGGUGCAGGCCCCCCCGGGAAACACGGUGGGGUACGUCAUGCAACAGUGGCACCCCUUCUCCCCAAAAUUCAUUGUCGCCAAUGAACACACGGAGCCGGUCCUGAAGAUCCACGGUCCCUUUUGCGGAUGGAGUUGCCUUCCAGAUGUGGACUUUGAGAUUCUGACCAUGGAUGAGGUCAGCAAGAUUGGGAAAAUCAGCAAGCAAUGGACUGGCCUCCUUCGGGAAGUGUUCACAGAUUCUGACAACUUUGGUAUCCAGUUUCCGAUGGACCUGGACGUCAGGAUGAAGGCUGUCAUGAUCGGGGCAUGUUUUCUCAUUGAUUUCAUGUUUUUUGAGACGACUAACUGAAGAGUUAAAAAAAAAAAACAACAAAAAAAAACGUUACCAUGCAAAGCUGCUGGAAGGAACGAGGCCACAAAAGCCCCCACAAAAAAAGUAAGCCGUCCCGAAUGCAUUCAUGUGUCAGAACGGUCCUCUAACAAAUAGUUUAACAGAAAAGAACAUUUACGUUCUAAGAAAGCACGACGUGAAGAAACACAGACGUGAAGCUAGAAGGUUUGUUUUAGUCUUUCGUUGCUGCAGUCGGAUUUUUCAGCUUGUGUUAACUUUUGGGAAGCCUCGGUUACUAUGGAAAUUAUUUUGUGUAAAAAUAAAACAUGUCAUUUGUACGAUUCAGUGAGACUGUACAGCGUUAUGUAACAUGGUCCUCAAAUUCAAACAGUGGACUAAGUACGUGUUGUGUUUGAACAAAAAAAGCACUUAUUCAGUGUGUCGUUUGAUUCCACAGCACGGCACGCUUCUGCGCUGCUUUACGUGUGUGCUUUCAGUUAACUUUUAAUUUAAUGACAAUACUUUUCACCGACCAAAAAAAAAAAAGGAUACCGGAAUUGAUAAUGAUUUAAAGUGUAUGACUCGGCUUCCUCCACAAGGGGUCGCUAGCGCUUCAUGUAAGCCACAUUCCCGUGACUGCCAAGCCUGCUCGAUGCCACUGACAUUGCGAAUAGACUCAGGUUUAAAAUGCAUGCCACUUAAAUUUAGUGUCACCGACUGCUCACUCACUCGCAACUGACUAUGGAGUGUACAUACAUACACACACACACA